UGUCAUCAUUGACAUCGUAGAUUUCAUUCCCUGCCAUUUCAUGUUGAUUACAUAAACGAGUUCGUACUGCAAAAUUUUGUAAAUACAGAACGUUAAUCAUGGCACUGUUCUUCAAGGCAUUGUCUGCAUCCUUGAGAAGUGGACUAUGCAACGGAAAUGGUGCUGUCCGAACAUCGCCAAUGAUUGUCAAAAUGUUGUCCACAGAGGCGACAACAACUAAUGAAAAAAGACCAACCGUUCGAAAGCCGGAUGCUGUAACUCGCAGUACCUUAACUGAUUUUGGUAAAUAUGUCGCUGAAUGUCUACCAAAGUAUGUGCAAAAAGUGCAAUUGACUUCGGGUGAUGAAUUGGAAGUGCUCAUCAGCCCGGACGGUGUGGUUCCUGUGCUACAGUUUUUAAAGGAUCAUCACAAUUCCCAAUUUGCAAAUUUGACUGAUAUCGCUGGAAUGGAUGUACCUAGCCGAAAGUAUCGCUUUGAAAUUAUCUACAACAUUCUGUCGCUGCGAUACAAUUCACGAAUUCGUGUAAAAACGUACACCGACGAAUUAACUCCGAUCGAUUCGUGCAAUGACGUCUUUAAGGCUGCUAACUGGUAUGAACGAGAAAUCUGGGACAUGUACGGUGUUUUCUUUGCUAAUCAUCCCGAUCUGCGUCGCAUUUUAACUGAUUAUGGUUUCGAAGGACAUCCACAACGUCGCGACUUUCCAUUAUCUGGUUAUGUGGAGCUUCGUUACGACGAUGAGAAGAAACGCGUUGUCUGUGAACCACUUGAAUUGGCACAAGAGUUUAGAAAAUUCGAUUUGUCAGCUCCAUGGGAACAGUUCCCCAACUUUAAAAAUGCGAAUCCGGCUACGGAGCAAAUUGAAACAUCAAAGGCCGCAGAUAAGAAAUGAGCUUAAGCGAAAUGGUUGUACAAUGUGAAUCAUUUGAAGAAUAGAAAAUUACCGAAACUUU